GAGGAGGACUGCAUGAAGCUGAACCCCUCCUUCCUGGGCAUCGCCCUCAGCUCCCUGCUCGCCAUCGACCUCUGGGCCUCCAAGCGCCUGGGCGUCUGCGCCGGAGAGGGCUCGGCCUGGGGCAGCGCACGUCCCCUCAUGAAGGUCAUCGAGGUUUCGGGGCACGGCAUCCCCUGGCUGCUGGGCACCAUCUACGGGCUCUACCAGAGCGACAGCUUAGCGGCCAGGGAGGUGCUGCUCAACCUGCUCUUCGCAUUGCUGCUGGAUCUCGUGCUGGUGGCAGUGGUGAAAGGGCUUGUCAGGCGGCGGCGGCCCACCCACAACAAGAUGGACAUGUUCGUCACCAUCUCAGUGGACAAGUACUCCUUUCCAUCUGGCCACGCCACCAGAGCCGCCUUGGUCUGCCGCUUCGUUCUGCACCACCUGGUGCUUGCUGUCCCGCUGCGAGUCCUCAUAGUUCUCUGGGCUCUCAUCGUCGGCGUUUCAAGGGUCAUGCUGGGCAGGCACAACGUGACGGACGUGCUCUGCGGUUUGCUGCUGGGCUAUGCGCUGUACAGCGUGGUGGAGUACUGCUGGCUGUCCCCACUCAGAACGCCUGCCCUCUUUGCGCUCUGGAGCCAUUGA